AUGAGAUCUCUCAAACACCUGAAGCCACAGACCAAGAAAAAUGUGGAGGAGAAGACACAGCGGCUGGUCAGAUGUUACUCUGAGGCCAUGCACCAGCAGAUGGACGCAGGGACACAGACAGACCCUGUGGUGGUCCUGUCACUGGCCCAAGCUGCUGUGUUGGGACUCAUCUCCCAGAACGAGGUCUUUGGCGCCACCAUCGCCCCCAACGGCUUUUACACCGGAGACCCCAAAGAAUCCCCCGCUCUGCCAGGUGAGAGAAUGGACUACGAGUACGCCGACCAGCUUAUAGGCGCCAACGGUGACUAUCUUGGUGAGAAUUUGGGCGAGGAGGGGCACAUGCAUUCAAGCUGUGCUGAGAGGAGGUGGCAGGGGCAACCCGAGAACAGCAAACCCACUAUAGGGCACCAAGACAUGGUAUCGCAUGUUAAAGGAGAGGUCAUGACUCCAGGUUUGCCCUCCUGCACUCACAUGAUGAACAACAUGGUGCCCAGAGAAGGCAUGCAAAUGGUCGACCCCUCAAGCUACAGGGUCCUGCCCAAAGUCCAGCUCAAUAACUGCAGCUCCACCUGUGUCCGAGACCCCAAGAGUACGCAUCCCGCACCCGAUCCACAUUUACACCCCCAUUCACAUGCCCACAGUCACGCACCUCAUGAAGUACCUUCACGCAACACGGGCCACACACAUGAAAAAGGAGUAGAUGAGGUAACCGAGCACAGGGACAAUGGGAGAAAUGGCAUGGUGAAGGCAGGAACCGGCGGCGAGGAAAUUAGCAGCUACUUUCAGCCGAGCGAGGUCGCCUAUGAAGGUGGCGAGAUGGAAGGGGUUGGAGACUUCGAUGAGAACAGUGAGGGGAUGUUCUGGACAGAGCCAGUAGAAGGAGAGGCACCUCGCGGCCGCCGUAUCGACCGACUGGAUAUCAACAUCCAGAUCAACGAGUCAUACUGCGUGGACGUUGGCGAGGGCCUGAAGCGCUGGAAGUGCCGCAUGUGUGAGAAGUCGUACACUUCCAAGUACAAUCUGGUCACGCACAUCCUGGGCCACAAUGGCAUCAAGCCACACGCGUGUCCACACUGCGGCAAACUCUUCAAGCAGCCCAGCCACCUACAGACUCACCUGCUGACGCAUCAGGGCACACGGCCACACAAGUGCACCGUGUGCAAGAAGGGCUUCACCCAGACCAGCCACCUGAAGCGGCACAUGCUGCAGCACACAGAUGUCAAGCCCUACAGUUGUCGUUUUUGUCGCCGUGGUUUCGCAUACCCCAGUGAACUCCGUGCUCAUGAAGUAAAGCAUGAACGAGGUCGGUGCCAUGUUUGCUCGCAGUGCGCCAUGGAGUUUCCCACCUACGCCCACCUGAAGCGUCAUCAGGUGAGCCACCAAGGACCAUCCACCUUCCAGUGUAGCCAAUGCAACAAGUCGUUUGCCUACCGCAGUCAGCUGCAGAAUCACCUGCUGAAGCACCAAACGCAGCGCUCUUUCUCCUGCAGUCAGUGUGGCCUGCAGUUUCUUCAGCUUCAUCUGCUUCGCCAACACUCCCUCACACACAAGACAAACAAGCCUCAGGCCCGGGCUACCAAGGGAACAAAGGGGUUUAAGUGUGAUGUAUGUGCCCGAGAGUUUACAUUGUCUGCAAACCUGAAGAGGCACAUGUUAAUCCAUGCCAGCAUCCGGCCGUUCCAGUGUCAUGUGUGCUUCAAAUCUUUUGUCCAGAAACAGACCCUUAAAACGCACAUGAUUGUACACCUGCCUGUGAAACCAUUCAAGUGCAAGGUGUGCGGAAAGUCAUUUAACCGAAUGUACAACCUUCUGGGCCAUAUGCACCUCCAUGCAGGCAGUAAACCCUUCAAGUGUGCAUACUGCUCGAGUAAAUUUAACCUCAAGGGAAAUCUUAGCAGGCACAUGAAGGUCAAACAUGGCAUGGAUGUCUCUCCAGAUGGGCAAGAUGUUCCACCAGACAUGGAGCCCCAUGAGGAGUAUGAGGACGAGAACUUCAAUUUUACAGCACCAGAGAACAUGGAAAAUAAUGAUGCGCCAAACCUAACUAAGCUCUCUGAAGUGGCCAUCCAGGAACUUGACUAUUAUAACUUUGGGAAGGAUGUGGGAAACUACAGUACAGCCUAAAAAAACUGUUUGAAUUUAAGUCCAGCUGAAUAAAUAAAGCAACAAAUGGCUUGUGCUGGCACUUGUCAACCAUGAGUUGACUGAGAUAUUCCUCAAUGAGAACCACAGCUCACUUUUUUGCAGUUGUUAAUGAGCAAAUAGUUGGGAGGCCAUCUUGACCUCCUGGGGUUGAUCUCACGGGGUAGGGCACUUCAGAUCUGUCUCUAAUGAAACAGACUGAUAGUUUUGCAGAGUCCUUUGACUCCUUCCAGUUCAAACAAACAUUGAUAAGGUAUUUUUAGUAUGUUCUGGAUCACAUUGUUACAUUUAAUACCAAAUACAUUAGCAUCAUAAAAUACAGGUCCAUACACAUCUAGUCUUGUGUUAAGUAAUACACAACAUCGCCAAUAUACUGUAUAAUUUUGGUUGGGAAUAUGGGAAUAGAAGGUGCAUGCAGCCUUGUGGCCUUCAUCGGUUUGGUACCUCAAAGCAACUUAUUUUAUUUCACACAGCCUUCACUUACUGUAUCUCUUAGAAAAAAGAAAAAAAAAACAUGUAAGGCCCAUGUAAAUGGUUGGAUAUCUGCUUGAGACAGGCUUGUGUGUGCCUGGGCCCGGUGUAAGCUAUUGCUCUUUGUCUGGUACAGGACCAUAUGCUGCUCAUUCCUGAGCACCACUGCUGUAGCCAGAACUAAACUUCAUCUAAAGUUUGGAUUAACAACCUCUGAGUGGAGAAUUACUGUUCCGUUCUAUUGAUUUGCUGUUUAUUUUGCACUUUGAAAAAGCCAAUUAAUUACUUUUGAUGAGCCUGUUUCAUCACUGACUGUUUGAGUUCUGUUAUAAUUAAAAUAGAUAUUAAGUUAAA